UUCUCAGAUUCACUAACCUAGUAGUUCUCUGGUUUGGGCAUUUCUCAGCUGAAAAUCGAACUGCAGAAAGUGGUGAUUGACUGAAUCGGAGAUGGCGAGCGCAAUUGAUGCGUCGGGAAAUCCGAUCCCGACAUCGUCUGUGUUGACGGCGUCGGCGAAGCAUAUAGGGAUUAGGUGCAUGGCAGAGAACGUGGAGUUCCUCAAGUGCAAGAAGAAGGACCCGAAUCCGGAGAAAUGUCUCGAUAAGGGCAAGGAAGUUACUCGCUGCGUUCUUGGCUUGCUAAAAGAUCUUCACCAGAGAUGCGCAAAAGAGAUGGAUGAGUAUGUUGGUUGCAUGUAUUACCACACAAAUGAGUUCGAUCUAUGUCGCAAAGAGCAAGAAGCAUUUGAGAAAGCAUGCCCCCUUAAGUGAUUCACAAGUGAUUUAUGUUAUUUCAUGCUUAAAAUAAGUUUAGCUCAAUUUGCUGUGAGCAAACUCCGUUGCAGCGUACAAUUUUAUGGAACUUUUUUGCAGUAUGUAUUGUCUCCCUCUUGUCCUCGUUAAGAUUGUUACUGAAAAUGCUUCAAACCUAAAAUCCACACUACUGCCUUUGAGCACAAUCAAGUCAGUCAUUUAUAUUGGGAGGAUGUGCAAAAUCAUUUUGUAGGUGUUGAAACAUUCUGUUAACCCCUGUUAAUUACAUGUAGUUAAUUUCUAUUUUAAUUCAUAAAAUGAUUAUAAAAUUGUCUAUUUAAC